AUGGGCCUCCAAACUCCUUCGCAGAUCGUCCGUCGGUACUUACCACAACUUGCUCGCCGUGUCCAUCCUGACCUCUUUGCGCAGAACCCCACAGCCCAGUCCACCAACCUCACCAGCUUGCAAAACUUAAAUGCCCUUGUUUCGCAAGUCUUUCCUGCCAAUUCGACAAACAACCAAACACCAACAAAACACUAUCCCGACCAAGAUCAGGGAAAUGACCUUCAGCUUGUGUUCUACUGUCGUACUCUAGGAUCCCCUGCCUCAGAGUCACCUCCACUGUUGAUAAAACAUACGUUGACCGGACGAAAAAUAGAUUCCACCACCACAUGUAUUUCACCCGUCCUCCUUAGGACACUCUCCCCGACCGCCAAGUCCAACAUUUCAGCACCUCUCCUAGCUGCAUCGUUUCUGGCAUUAUGUCAGAAGGCUGGAAUUCAGGUCUCGUCGGAAGAUUUAGACCUUUUGCGAGGUUGCGUGGAGACAGCAUUAGGGGGGAAAAUGAGAGGGAGCAUAAAGCGUGCAACCAAGAAUGCUGAAGAUACGAAUCGCACAGAACUGAGACAAGAGUUUUCACAAGCGGUUAGAGAGGGCAUUGGAGGUGUGGACACCACUCGUGACAAAAUGAAGCAUCGGUCGGCUCCGUCCAAAUCCCCACCUAUGCCACGCUUUAUCUUCUAUCACUCUUCCCUGUCUUCCGACGAACGUGCAACCGCCGGUUCCGCCCUCAUGUCACUACCGUCAGCCACGCUGGCUGGCAUUCGAGACAUACCGGUUCUAAUUGCAAGACGAUAUGCGGUUCAUAAGGACGGGGUGUUGAUUAUACCUUGGGACUUCAGCGUCGAGACUUUGGACGCAUUCUUGGAAGUCGAAGGCGCUGAAGUGAGGAGAAAGUUCUCAAGGAGGGCAGCAUGA